CGGGCGAAAAUCGAUCGCGUUGGAAGUCGAUUUUCCUUCUCCGCUUUUUCUUUCGCUCAAUCCCAUUGGGGUCACUGCGUACGUCCAGAAGCAGGUUACGCCUGUCUGCCCCGCUCCCACAACACCCGCCAUGUCCGCCGUACAGCUUGGUUUCGCCGAAAAGCCCGAGGACGGGGUCCUCACAUUCACCCUCGACGACUUCCCGAACAAAAUUGGGGGCAAGCCGAUGUGGUUGAACCAAAGCGCACCGCUGAAAGCUACCGAUGUCACUUGCGGGGUGUGUGAGAAACCCAUGGUGCUCUUGCUUCAAUUCUAUACUCCAGAGGACCAUCCAAUAGAAGCAUACCACCGCGUUAUCUACGUCUUUUGUUGUCGCAAUGGAGCCUGUCAUAAGAACCGGUGGCAGGACUGUUUCAAAGCAUACCGAAGUCAAUUACCAGAAGUCAACGAAGUCUACACGUUCGACGAGGACUCUGACACACAUGUGCCGACUCCGACGGCGCCAUUGUGCAAUAUUUGCGGUCUCAGCGGGCCCAAGAAGUGCUCUAAAUGCAAAGCAGCGCAAUACUGCUCCAAGGAGCAUCAGGUCGUAGAUUGGAACGAGGGCGGGCAUAAGCACCGAUGUGAGAGCGCGAACGGUGAUGCUGCAGACCCAGCGACUGCAUCUCAAACGAAGGUCCUCUUUCCGGAAUUCGAGUUGGUGUCUGAGGAUGAGCCGGAACCCAGCGCUGGCGCUGGCGAUGAGGACGAGAAUGACGAGGGUGAAUCGUUGGAGACGAAGCUGGCCAAUGUGGCCAUAGAAGGCUCUGAAGCCAUUGAGGAUAUGGAGGAGACGGAGGUUGAUGUGGACAAGGCUUUCUUGAAGUUCCAAAAACGAGUGUUGAGGGAGCCUGAGCAGGUCAUCCGAUAUGCUAGGGUAUCGUACGAAGACGGUAAAGAUCCGGAGCCUCUGUGGGUCAGCGACAGCGGAAAGCCUCAGGCAGAGCACAUCCCCGCAUGUCCCCAUUGCCAUGGGCCACGAGUCUUCGAGUUCCAGGCGAUGCCCCAACUCCUCAACGUCCUUGAUAUUAACCACUUCACCUCCGACGCUCUCGACUGGGGCACGAUUAUCGUGUAUUCGUGCGUCGGGAACUGCCAGCCUGAAGGGCAAACGUACAUGGAGGAAACUGUAUGGCGGCAGAUGUUCAGCGAACAUGGCAUGGGAGACAGUGCAAAGGCUGUGUUGGAGAGAGAGAGGGCGUUGGCUGCUGUUGCGUCUGUGCCGAAAACUGCGUGAGCCGAUGCUCGCAUAUGGGUUUUGGCACGCAAUUUGCGGCGCUUCGCUAUCGUGAGGGGCGCACGUCCCAGCACCCUAUGCAUCAGGGUGUUUCAUCCAGUGUAGCCAAGGCAAACUGGGAAAAGCGGGCGCCGCUGUAUUUAACGAGCGACAUAGAAGUAGAGGGUUGAGUCGUAGACAAGAAAUCUAGAUUUUGGGUAAUCCUGUCAUGGUAGCUGGAAUAAAAGUUACAGAGUAAUCAG